AUGCGUUUCACACUCCCCGGUCUUGCCCUGUUGGCCACAGCUAUGACCGUUGCUGCUGACAAUGUUGUCACACUGGCCGUGCCAGGCGACGAUGACGAUGGCAGUGGGAUGGACGCUCUUGCGGACAUUAGGUUCCGAGUGGUUGGCAUUAAUGGCUCCACGACAUCGUUCUCACCAAAUUGCCCCGCAAGUGCUACCACGACCGCCCGCGCCAGCACGAGCACGGCCGCCGAUAACCGCCUCAUGAAUUGUGACAUGACCUUUGUUUCGGGCCCAAAGACGUUCCGGAUGGACUAUGAAGGUGAAACUUUUGAGCGCUGUGAUAUGGGCUCCAAGAGCGCCACCUGCUAUGUAACGUGGACGACAACCCGUGGAACAUCCACCGUUGGAACGGAUGUCGACUCCUCGACGGUCCCUGUCACCUCGGUUGCAUUCACCGUCACAGCAACGGAUGCAUCUGGUACACCCUCCGCUUCGGCCUCGGCCUCUGCUUCUGCGAAGGCCACUGCUACUGGAUCUGCCGAUGCGUCAUCUGCCAGUGCCAGUGCGAGUGCCAGUGCGUCAAACACUGAGAAUGCUGCUCUGGGCCUGCCCACAGGGCACGCCUACUUGGCUGCGGGUGGUGCAGCAAUGGCGCUUGCUGUCGCCAUCGCCUAG